AUGGGGCUCGGCGGCAACAGCAUCCACAACAGCAGCAAACAGAGAGGAAGAUGGGGUCAAGAGAUUGAUAACUCUAUGGUAACCAAAGAAGCUCGCAAGAAACUAUCACAGCACCGGGUCCAAGGGAGCUGGAACGCAAUGUUGGCCAUUAAAAUGGGGGCAAUGAUGGGCGGAUCGGUUGGUCUCAUUAUGGGGUUCAUCAUGGGAACUGUUGCGAUAUUUCAGUAUGGUGCCGGACCGAACGGCGUGAUGCGCACCCUGGGCAAAUAUAUGAUCGGUUCGGGCGCAACUUUCGGAUUUUUUAUGUCGAUUGGAAGCGUUAUCCGAACAGAAGGACACCCCAACUCCUACCAAGUGUGGGCUAGAGCUCGAGGAGCUCCCAUGAUGAUUCCCCGCCAGUACCACCCCCGCCCACGACACGAUUAG